AGGCGCUUUGUUUUACAUUUAUUUCCCCCAAGUGAAAUCAAAACGUUUAGAUUUACGAGAGCAGAAGCUGCUCCCAGUUGUUCAGUAAAGUAAAUAUUAAAUAUGAGUUUUUCGAUUGGCAAGUCGGUAAGCGCAGCCAACGCUGAGGAUGAUAGCGGACCUUGCCACCUAAAUUAUGACAAGGAGCGCAAGUGGGAUCCAUAUUAUUUAAAGGACCAAGUCAAAGAAGUGGGAUUGACUAAAGAUUUUAAUUUGUAUCAAAUACGGCUGUGGAGGAGUUACCUGAGCAUCUUCUUUGUGCUUCAUAUAUUGGUCACCAUAGGCCAUUGCUUGUUACUCCUUGUGUUUGCCGAAAUAAGGGAAAUGAUCUACAUUGAUGUCGCCGUGUAUUCAGGAUGUGCGGUAUUGCUGUUGUCUAUUCUAAGUAUUAAUUUCUGUGAUGCUCUUGUAGCGCGACACAAUUGGGUAAUGCUAUUCAGCUCGGCAUUGGGCGCUUCAAUUUUGCUUUCUGCGGACAUAAUUACAGCGACCUACCACUACCAUUCAAACACAAAAAUGGUAGUGGCCUCCUUCUAUGACGUAUAUAUUGUAUUCGUGAUCUAUAUGUAUCUUCCGAUACCUUCUGUUUGUCAGGUAUUAGUGCUGGGAACGACAGCAUCCCUCAUAUAUAUGGUCCACUUUAUAGCGUUCAUGACUACGGAAAUUCAUCCAAAACAGUUGUUGUCGAGCGGUCUGAUAAUAGAUGCCGCCCACUACAUGUGCCUCAAUCUGAUGGGCAUUUUCUACCGCAUUACUACCAAUAUGAUGGUGCGUUCAUCGUUUCUGGACCGCCAUCAAUAUGUAAAGGAGGAACUGUGGCUUCGUAACGCCAAGUGGCACGAAAAAGUUCUUGUCGACAGCAUUUUGCCUCCUCAGAUCUCAAAAUCUCUUCAGUCGGAAAUUCGACGGAGAAUCACUGUGGUGCAACAGGGACUCAGGGUACCAAUCACCACCCUGCAACGCUCUAUGGCAGUUCAGAUCCACCCGGAGGUCAGCAUUCUCUAUGCCGAUGUCGUCAACUAUACGCGCUUGAGCACCACCCUCAAUGUGGAGACUCUGAUAAAUAUCCUUCACGAUCUCUACGGGCGAUUCGACAAGGCUGCCCUCAUGUUCCGGGUCCAGCGGAUCAAGUUUUUAGGCGACUGUUAUUAUUGCGUUGCCGGAAUUAUUGAAGCGGAUCCUGAUCACGCGAAAAAUUGUGUUGACCUUGGAUUUGCCAUGAUCUCUGAUAUCCAGGAAGUUCGGGAAAUAUAUGACGUGGAUAUUAACAUGCGAAUUGGUGUUCAUUCUGGAACUAUUUUCGCAGGUGUGCUUGGCGAAGCUAAGCUGCAGUUUGACAUUUGGGGAACUGAUGCAACUAUUGCCGAUGUUUUAGAAUCGACUGGACUGCCUGGUUGUGUUCACGUCAGUAGCCGAACUUUAAGUUAUAUAGAUGAGGAAGCAUAUGAAAUUGAGCCAGCUCCAUCUUGGGCGGCGGAACAUCCUUUAUUAAUAAAGUACCAGGUGCAAAGCUAUAUACUCAGAUCAUAUAGAUAUACAUUAAUCGAUAACAAAUUUGAGGAGAAUAUUAGAUUUUACUCUUUGGUAAGGUCUAAGUCCCCAACGAAUUUACAAGCGAAAAAUGAAAACGAAACUUUAGAAGAUGUUUUUAGGGAACAGCUUCACGAAGAAUUUCAAAAAAUGCCCGUAUUUCGAUGGAUUUUCUUGGAAGGGCUUUUCCGGCAUCGUCAGUAUGAUGCGGAUUCUAAUAUUCCAAAUAUAUCCCCCGUGUGUCUGACCUACAGAGACAAGGACAUGGAAAACUUGUAUUUAAAUCAAAAGGACUACAUAUUUAAGUAUAGUAUGUUGUUAGCCUAUUGCAUUGCAUGCCUGUUGGUCAUUCUUCAAUUUGAUAGUCAUACCGCCGUGUGCUAUCUCUGUACCACGGUGAAUACUUUUGUACUUGUUUCCUUCGGCAUUUUGACCUUUAUUGCCUGGUACAAGAAGAUGUGCUGGAGCUUAAAUCAAGUUAGAUCCAGAGAAGACCCGACUUAUAAUAAGUUUAGUUGUUUUAUGUUCUACCUGGUCACAGGAAUUCAGCACACCGUAGCAGUUCGAAUUGGAAUUUACUUAUUUAUCACAAUAUCGCAUGGAAUCAUCAUUGCUUUAAUUAUGAUAUUAUGUAAUCAAAAUAGCUACAUUCUGAAUGAAAUAGAGGCCAAGGUCUUCCACUAUGAACCGACAGAGAACGAAUGUUUUAAUCCAUGGGUUAUCACCAAUAUGAUGUCUAUAUUUAUAUGCAUGGCCUUUACUUUCAUCAACAUUCCUUUGACAAUAAAGACUCUGGUAGCCUUUCUAUUGUCCUUAGGAUACCUAUUAUUGAUUAACCGUCACCUGGCGUUUGUCUUCCACCACAGCUAUUCCUCAAGUCCUUCCCUUCCUGCGGAAUAUGCCCACACCAUGCAGAUUCUUAUCACCAUAUUAACUGUGUACCAGAAAGAGCGAAUGACAACCUUCGCCAGCAAAGUAAACUUUAAAUGGCGACAAGAGCUUAAAAAGAAACAAAUCGAUGCCGCUUUAACGAACCAAUCGAUCACUAUUCUUCUUCAUAACAUUUUGCCUGCACACGUCAUAAACGUCUAUCUUAAUUCAUUAGCUAAACAUGAAUUGUACUAUGAAAAUUACCAAAUGGUUUCAGUCAUGUUUGCUAUGUUAAUGAAUUUUCAAAUGGACUUAAAGAACUUGCGAAUACUGAACGAUAUUAUUACCGAAUUUGAUAUAUUGCUACUUUACUACAAGGAAUACUACGUGAUUGAGAAGAUUAAGGUUGUUGGAUGCACAUACAUGGCCGCUUGCGGGCUAGACCUUAACUUUGCGGGAUCGGUCAGCAUCAAUGCACGUCGGUCCACGAUAAAUGACCCAACGAAAAGCAAGGCACAAGGUAACCUUCUUAUGGGCGGCGAUGAGUCCGAGCUAGAAGACUUGGACGAGGUGGUGUUCGUCCUAGCUUCCUUUGCGCUCGACCUGAUGCGCACACUGUCCAAAUGCAAAAGAAGGCAAGAAGAACCGCUCGAAUCGAUAAGCGUCUGCAACGGAUCGAUCACCAUUGGCUUGUCCAGCGGCGAGGUGAUGGCCGGUAUUGUGGGUGCCUCCCAGCCACACUACGACAUCUGGGGUGAUGCUGUGAACAUGGCCUCGCGAAUGCAGUCCACCGGUCUGGCGGAUAACAUCCAUGUCAGUGAGGAGUCGGCCAUAAUUCUUAAGGAUUUUGGCGUCAAAUGCAAUUAUCGUGGCUUAACCUAUGUGAAGGGGCGUGGCGAAAUGCCGACCUACCUUGUGGGCAUUGACAAAGAUUACAGUUUCAUUGACGAGGAGGCCAGCAGGAUUCCAAGUCGUGACCUUCGUAACACUCAAAUAUCGUUCGGAUCUGCGUACAGCAAACAGAGUGACCGCUCCAAGGCCUCGCCGUAGUGGGUAUCCUUGUACUGGUAUCCUUGAUGUUCUUUGUUGAUUCUUUUUGUUCAAUGUAUCCAAUGUUUUUCUUGUUAAUUAAUCAAUGAGUUUUUAAUCGUUGACUGUAAUAUUAUGUUUGUAAUAAUGAUAACAUCCAUACAAUAUAUGUUUUAAUUAAGGAC